GAAUUUGUUCUGUUUCUGGAUGUUCUUAGUAGAUUUCUCCUAUUGUGUUGUUACAUUUGUGCUUAUGACUAGAAGCUUCUCUGGUGUCUUUCUCUUCCCUUCCUGAUUGGCAGCCUGGUUUCAUUUGUACAGUGUUUCUUCAGUAUCUCCAUCACAUCGCAGUCUCCUUCAGAUGUUGUCAUUUAAAAUCUGAGUGAACCUGGCGCAAAAUCAAACAUCUCAUAGCAGAUCUCUCUACUAUCUAUCUGACAUGCUUCACUGUGUUUGCCCAUUUGUGUACUUACCAUUGAUUAUAUAUACUGAGCAAAUCCAGUCCAGUCUCCAUACAGAGAAGCGAACACUGUUAAGCUCUACUCAGAGAAGUCAAGUUGUCCCUUCAGGAGUCCCUGUCCCAGUGUUUGAUGACAUAUUGGGGUGGAGCCGCAAUGGUCGAGUAGGCUGGAAAUGUGACUGGGGGUGGUCAGGCGUAGAAAAGGGUAAAGAUUUUGAAGGGGUGGUUUUACUGGGAGCAGAGGCAUUUGAGUCAGGGCACACAUGCCUCAGCUGUGAGAGGCCCUUCUCCCCUUGGCUGGCUGGCAUCCCAGAGCAGAGGCAGAGAGAGACAGAGACAGAGCGGGUCGAGUGUGAGAGACGGCGGGUGAAGAGAGAAAGUAGGGUGCGAAGUAGAUUAGGAAGAGGAAAACCAGUGUUGGCUAAAGUUUUCUAAGAGUUAGCCUGUAAGUCAGUUGGAUUAGACGACCAUGGCGGAUACAGGUGUCAAGAAGGAGCGCUCAGCCCUGGCAGACGUGUCCUAUGACGAUGAUGAUGAGGUAGCUCUGGUGGCCGCUGCCACCGAGCCGUCAGUAGAUGACGACCACGUUGAGGACAAAGAUCAGGUGCUGAACCCUGGAGUGAAAAGUGAAGCCCAGAUGAACGGGGUCAUGGUUCUGUCUCUGCUGGACAAGAUAAUUGGGGUUGUAGACCAGAUCCAGCAGACCCAGCACGGCCUCGAGGCCCGGCAGGAGGCCAUGGAGAAAUCAGUGUCAACCAUCCAAGGGGAGUUGGCCAAGUUGGCCAAGAACCACGUAGGCACCACCAACACUGUCAACAAAAUGCUGGAAAAGGUACGCAAAGUCAGUGUCAACGUCAAGACGGUGCGCAGCAACCUGGAGAAGCAGGCGGGUCAGAUCAAGAGGCUGGAGAGCAAUGAGAACGAGCUGCUGAAGAGACGUAACUUCAAAGUCCUCAUUUACCAGGACCACGUGAAGGCACCGAAGGAGACAAAGACAGCGGAGGCCGCUGUUAGGGGUGACGCAGUGGAAGGCCUUCAGCAGAUAUCUGAGGAAGGACCAGAGGGAUGCCCGGCUAACGUCAACUCAGACGAGGAGGUGGAGAUUGAGGAGAUUAUCGAAGAGUCUCGCACCAAGCGCCUGCAACGCUCCACCAAGCAGCAGGUGGACAACAUCAAGAAAGCCUUCUCUAAAGAAAACAUGGAAAAGACCAAACUGAAGACGAAGGAGAACUUGGAAAAGACCAGGCUGAGAACCCGCGAGAACCUGGAGAAGACCAGGCAAAAGACCAGAGACAACCUGGAGAAAACCAAACACAACCUGGAAAAGAAGAUUGGCAAACUCGGGACCCGCAUGACCCCCACCCAGGAGCGCAGGGCAAAGCUGAAGAGCUCCAAAGAUAAGAUGAAGAAGUCCCUCACCCCCGACCACACCGUCUACGCUCGCUCCAAGACGUCCGUGUACCGAGUGCCGCCGUUCACCUUCCACGUGAAGAAGAUCCGAGAAGGAGAGGAGGAGGUGGUGGUGCAGAACACAGAGAUGCAGGAUGUGGCCGACGCCGAGGAGCAGCCGGAAGGAGAGGAGAACGGCCAUGACCUGCACAAGGAGGUGGAGGAAGAGGAGCUACUAAGUGUAGACAGCCCAGAGAUGGAGAAUCUGUUGCAGGUGAUCGAAGACUCUCAGCUGGUCACGAUCUCAGAGUCGGAUCACUCUAAGAAGAAGCAGCGAGAUUAAAACAUCAUCACGGCUCAGUGAAAAAAAAAAGAAUAAAUGAGAUAGGGGAGAAAUGUAACCAUGAACGUACAGUAUGUCAUCACAAGGACAAGGACAGUAUUAGACACAGGGACUUUCUAGACGAAGUCACAACCUGAGAGAUGUCAGGUUUUUUUUCUGUUCUCUUUUUACUCAAUAUGGAUGACUUUCAUAUCUGCUUCUCUUUGCCAUAUAAUAAAUAAAAUAAGCAAAAAAAAAAAAACAGCUUUUAAAAAACGUUUCAGGCUGAUAAUCUUAGUUGUGCACUUUUUGAAUAUCUUGUAUCUGUCACCGGCGUGACAAUUUGACAGGCUUGAAGGAAAGGUGUUUGAAGAGCGUUUGUGGUUGAGAUGUUGAUUAGAUGUACUAUUAGGUGUAAUGUGCGCACAGAGAGGAAGGAAGAACGCAGGAAGGAAAGGGAUGAACUCCUUUAUAAGGAGAUCACAGAUAAGCAACAACACGUCAAAGCACUAAAGCACUACAGGGAAUGUUUACAGGAAGUAGGAGGCAAGAUUUACAUUGCUUCACCGUGUGAAUUAUAGCGUGACAGUUUUCAGGGCCUGAGCACCAAGACCUCCAGACGUGGAAGGAUUGAGAGUGAUACUAAGACAAAUCUUUUUUCUUUUUUUUUUUACGCCCUACAUUUGAGAAUUCCUAGCGGGGCCUGACGUGGUGACGUCUUUAUUGAUGCUGCGUGCCAAGGCUAAGAGAAGUAUUGAUUACUUAGAGGAACCUGAGAAGGGUCUCCUGGGUUGAAGUAAUCCUAACAUGUAUUACCUGGCUUUGAAGUGGUUAGAGCUGUAAUUAAAUAAAAGCUAAACCAUUGAAAGCGAAUGCAUCGUAGCAUGAAUGAAUUCAUAGUAAAAUUUGAAUAUUAUAAAACACAUACAGUACUGUAAAAGAAUGGUAGAUAACAUGUAUAGAUGUCUAUUGUAUAACAAUACCAUUAAAGCAAAAUACAUACAGCGCGAUGCUUUAAACGGAACUCAUUGUAACAGACACCUGAACCGUCCAACAGGAGACAGGUUGCAGGAAGCAUUGGCGUCAUAUGCCAGGUUUCCUGUUAUGUUUUAUUGUAUGCAUUUCGUUUAAUGUUAUUAUAUAUUAUACAUUGGUAUAUUUGGCAUCAUGAUCCAUUAAAGAAGUGCUGAAACAAGCAAUUGAAAAUAAAAGAUUCAAAGGGAAAAUGUGUGUGUUAUGGAUAAUGUGUGUGUAACUCCAUAAACCUAGGCUGCUAUGAAUAUGGAGUUUCCUCUGUGACCAGCAAAUGACAGUCUUUGUCUGGCACUUUCAUCCACUUUCAUUUAAGUGCUUUUCAUUCUACCAAAAAUACUUUAUUAAAAAAAAAAAAACAAAAGCUAAAAAUCAAAGUCAUAAACCUGCUGUAAUCAUCAAAUACCUGUCACAUUUUUUUUUUUUUUUACAGUUCAACACAGUACUUAAGCCAUAAAGGAGACGAAGGAAACAAUGGUAUUUCUAUGGUUACGGCUCAUAAUUGUGCAUUUGCACAAUCCUGUUGGUUAAAUUGCAGGAAGAAGAAAAAUUACAGUCUGAAGAGCAAGUGACUGACACGCAGAGACAAAAAUGGAAUUUUGAACUCCAGUUGCCGGCAGACAGGCGCUUUCAUGAAUCGCACAGCACUUGAACAAAUGCCAGAACACAUGCGUAGCACAGCAGCGUGUGCACAUUUUUUUCCAGAGAAAAUUUCCUGUGAAUCAAACAGGCAAUAUGAAAAAAAAAA